GUUGUAUAUUAACAAAUUAUAACAAAUUUGUAAACUAAAACAUUUAAAAUCAUCUCUAAAAGCUUAUCAAAAUCAUAAGUUCGAACAUUUGAAUAUAUAUUUAUGAGAUUGUAUAUAUAUCACUCUUACAAGUUACAAUCUCUACUACCAUCUCUAUUUAGACAUUAGAGUAAAUGUACUUACGAGAUUAUACCUCUUACACUACGUCUACAAUCGCUACCGCCACCUCUAUUUAAGCUUCUCUGUCUUACAAUAUCUUGCUUAGUACUCAGCAUUGUCUGAUUAAGCUGUCGUACAAAACAAGUCAGCUAUUUAGUUAGGGUUUGGUCGGCAAUUAAAUAAUCUAUCAACCUAAUUGGCUCUCAAUCGGAAAAUGAGCCGAGGUGGGAGCUUUGGAGGCGGACAAAGCUCGUUAGGUUAUCUUUUUGGGUCAGACAAUGAGAUUCCAAAAACUCCCGCUCCACCGGUAGCCCCAAAGCCUGCACCACCGUACGGUGUAGAUUCCACAGAGGAGGACCAUGAAGCUGACCAAAAACCCAAGAUCUCUAACAACAACUACCAAAGAGUUCAGGGCCAAAACUCCGGCAACUUCGUCACCGAUCGUCCAACGACGAAGGUGAAAUCGGUUCCUGGUGGAGGCUCAUCUCUAGGAUACUUGUUCGGAGAUAAGUGAAGAAAUGAAAAUGAAGUUAAAAAACUAGGGUUUGUAUCUCUCUAGUGAGGCUUUUACUCUAUAUCAUACGUACGUAAUGUAAUGUGGAGAUCCCUAUCUAGAUCUCUACACAUCACUUAUUUAUAUUUACGUAUGAAAAUGUGUGUUUUGAGUUAACAGUUAAUUACUUUCAACUUGUGGAAAAAGGGUUUCUAGUCAAUAUUUUCAGCAAUAUAUAUGUACUAUAUAAGUAUUGAACAUUGGACAUUAACUGAUCUGUCCUUGCAUUACGUGAUUAAGUGAAGUUUCUUCACUCUUUAGUAUAUCGGAAAGUGAAGCUUCUUCUUUUGCACAUGGGUGAUGGGUAUACAUUUUAUAACUCGGAUCAUUCGUGAAACCUAGAUAUUAACAGAAAAGAAAAA